ACAGCAAGCAUAAAACAAAGUGAGGCCGAGAGAUAUUCACAGAAACAACUCUUCUAAGAAAAAGCAGCUGUUAGUCUGAUUGUUCAUCGUCUUCUUAAUCCCUCUCCCCCUCUGUAACUCCCCGCUUCUCUGAAUCCCUUUCUGUUAAUCAUCUGUCUUUCAGGUUCUGAUUUUUGGGUUUGUUUUCAAAUGUUCCAAAAGCAAACUUAAGAAGGAUUUCUCGAAAGCCAGGUGUUUUCAGAAUCGAGAUCCAGGUUUUUUCUGUUUUUAUCAAAAGCUAUUAUCUUCAUUUUCUAGUAAAAAUUUUAGGUGGGUUUUCUGUUUUAUUUUCAAUUAUUUUUCUCUUUUCCUUUGAAUCAGCUUGGAGGGUUAUUUUUGGUUCCCUCAAGGUUGUUUUUUUGGGUUCUGGGAGUAGAAGAGGUUGUGUAUUUUAAACCUCUUUGAUCCUUCUUUGUAGAGAAAUUUCUACUUUUUUUUUUUUUUUUCUGUGUUUUGUUUUCCAAAGCCUGUUCUUUAAUUUUGGUAAGACACAGGAUCUUUCUUUCUUCUCCUUUAAUCUAUAAUUAGUGUUGAAGGCAUGGCAGCUACGAUGGAUUUAUACAGUAGCAGACCUGUUGAAUCAGCAACCUAUGGGGGUGAGCUAAUGGACGCACUUGAACCUUUUAUGAAAGGUGCUUCCUCAACAACCUCCACCACAACCAGCUCUCCCUCAACAACCCAAUCUCCCUUUUCUCCUUCUUCCUCCUCUUCUCCCUACAACUACAACCUCUCCUUCUCUCCCUCAGCCCCAGCCCAGCCCACUUUCUACCCAGAUGGUUGCUCAACCUCGGCGACCCAAAUGUUUUCAGACGGGUUCUCGACGGAAAACCUAAUCGGUUUUCAGCAACUGGGCUCAAUCAGGCUGAACCACCUAACCCCAUCUCAGAUCCACCAGAUCCAAGCCCAGAUCCAGUUCCAAAACCAGCAACAUGGCUUUUUGGGUCCCAAACCCAUCCCAAUGAAGCAAGUGGGGUCACCCCCAAAACCUACCAAGCUCUACAGAGGAGUGAGGCAGCGACAUUGGGGCAAAUGGGUGGCCGAGAUCCGCCUCCCCAAGAACCGUACCCGGCUCUGGCUCGGCACCUUCGACACUGCCGAAGAGGCCGCCCUGGCCUACGACAGGGCCGCCUACAAACUCCGCGGUGACUUCGCCAGGCUCAACUUCCCCAACCUCCGCCACCACGGCGACUCCCAGUACCAGCCUCUCCACGCCUCCGUGGAUGCGAAGCUCCAAGCCAUUUGUGAAAGCUUGGCCAGCUCGCCGAAACAAGGCAAGUCUGAGAAGCCGGUCCGUUCGAACAGGAAGUCGUCGAAGCAGGUUGGUGAGGUGGGGUCCAAGGGUUCGGAGAAGUGCGUUAAGGUGGAGACAUCCUCGUCGCCGGUGAUGACCGAGAGCGACGGGUCGGCAGGGUCUUCGCCUUUGUCGGAUCUUACGUUCCCCGACUCCGACGAGCCACAAUGGGAUAUUGCUUCGGAGAAUUUCACGUUGCAGAAGUACCCUUCGUACGAGAUUGACUGGGAUUCUAUUUUAUCUUAAUUUCAAUGUUUAUAUAGAUGUCCUCCUAAUUGUAAUCCCCCCCCCCCCUUUUGGGUUAGUCUCUUCCCUUUUGGGUUAGUCUCUUUUGUCUAUGGUAGUGGGUUAGAUAUUGGUGUCUCCAGUGGCUGCUGCAAUGGAGUUUUUGGCAGUUGCAGGGCUACCUUAAUUAGGAUUUUGUUUAUGAUGUAGUGGUUUAAUUUGGGAUUUAUUGUAGGUGGAUAAUUUAUUAUGUAAAUCUUCCCAACUUGGUCAGCUGGUUUUUUUUCUUGCUAGGCCGGGGGAGUGGGUACCUUGAUUAUGAUAUGUAUUGAUGGCUGGUGUUAUUGAAAAUUUUUAGUCGUGUAA